AUGGAGAAAAUACUGGAGGAGACAACGGGAAUUGGGGAACAUGUGGGGGAUGAGGUGGAAACCUUGUGCAAAGAAAAUUCCAUGGAAUCUACGAGACUGCUUCUUCUCGUCCUGACGACUGGUGCUGAUGAUUGGUCAGCCCUUCGUCUGCAAUGCACCAAUCAUUGGUUCUAUCUCAGGAUUAAGGCCACGCUAUUCCACAAUGUAUUUAUGGAACCUGAUGAAGUGUAUUUAGGAUCUAUCUGCCCUGUGACCACCGUCUGGCCAAAUGAUGUCUAUGACUUUACCUACCGUACUUACGCCUGCGGUAUUGUCAAUAAAGUUCUUUAUGAUGUCACUCUGCUUCAGACACACCUUGCAUAUAUCCCAAAAAACUCUAGUAAUAACCGAACUGACAUGCACCUGUCCUGUGUUCUACAUAGUCGGUAUCCUCUUUUCUGUGAAGCUGAGAGUAAAGGGGACUUCACUGGCAACCCUCCUGAGUGGGAAGUAGACAUGACGGUACGCAAGAAAGAUAAGGCUGCUCCUGCAGUGCCGCUAAACUUUUCAACAUCAGGUCAAAACACCAACCGGGUGUCGCAGGAGCCUCAGAGCUUGGGAACCAGCAGGCAUCAGCAUGCUGAGGCAUCUAACUGA